AACACAAGUUGGCGAACACUCGUUCCACGAAGACGCCGCGGCCACAACAAGAUGGCGUUUGACGGAUAUUAUGGUUAUUAUUAUAGGUCAUCGUUCUUAACCAGCACAUGUUCACAUAUAUGUGUCUUAACGGGUUGGACGUCGUUAAUAAUUGUUAAUAUGUGUAUACAUUAGUCUGAGCGCACGUGGACGCUGCUAGCCUGUCUCGCUAGUUAGCCUAGCUUGUUAGCUACUAGUUAGCCUAGCUUGUUAGCUGCUAGUUAGCCUAGCUUGUUAGCUGCUAACAAAGUCUAGGAAUUUGUUUAUCAUUCAGGGAAUUGAACUCAAGUCACUGGGGUGGGAGGCAGAUAUGUAAUACAUUCAGUCACGCUUAGUUGUUAUUGUGUGAAAAUGUGCGACAGCACUAUAGCAGAACACGAGGAGGAAGUUUGUCCAGCAAAAGAGGAGAAGGAGCGACAACAUCAACUACUGGACGCUUAUUGUAAGAAACAUCAUCAAGUUGUGUUACACAGAACAGAUGUCAAGCAGCUGCUUGGUCGCCAAGAAAACCCUUCCACUCAGUCACUGGAGGGGAGCUCCACUUUGAAGCAGGAGGAUUCACAUCCCCCCCACAUUAAAGAGGAAGAGGAGGAAUGUUGGAUCACUCGGGAGGGAGAGUGUCUUCUAGGGCAGGAGGAGGCUGAUCUCACCAAGUUUCCACUGACUGUUGUCUCUGUGACGACUGAAGACCAUGAGGACCAGCAGACAAAGUCCUCACAGCUUCAACACAGCCAAAGUGAGGAGAAGAGAGCUGUGGAACGUUCAAGCAGCAGCUCAACACAACACAUGACAACAGAAGCUGAUGGAGACCACUGUGGAGGAUCACAAGCAGACAAGCUCUUAGCUCCACUAUCAGAUAGUGGCGACACAACGUCACACAUUAAUGUAUAUAUGAAAUCACACAUACAAAAACACACAGGAGUAAAACCCCUUUGUUGUUCAGUUUGUGAUAAAAGGUUUUCCGACAGAAGUAAAAUGCAAACACACAUGGGAACGCACACAGGAAAAAAAACUUUUAGUUGUUCAGUUUGCGGCAAACACUUUCCCAACAAAAGUAAAAUGCAAAGACAUUUGAGAACGCACACAGGAGAAAGACCUUUCAUUUGUUCAGUUUGCGCAAAAGACUUUGUCCGAAACUGUCAUUUGACUGAACACAUGCGGACGCACACCGGAGAAAAACCUUUCAUUUGCUCAAACUGCGGCAAAAGGUUUUCUCAAAGCAGAAGGAUGCUGACACACAUGAGAACCCACACUGGAGAAAAACCUUUCAUUUGCUCAAACUGUGGAAAGAGGUUUUCCAAAAACUCAAAUUUGACUCAACACAUGAAAACGCACUCAGGAGAAAAACCUUUCAAUUGUUCAGUUUGCGGGAAAAGAUUCUCCAACAAAAGAUAUAUGCAAUCGCACAUGCAAAUGCACACAGGAGAAAAACCUUUUUGUUGUUCAGUUUGUGGUAAAACAUUCUCUGACAAACGUAAUAUGCGUAAACACUUGAGAACACACACAGGAGAAAAACCCUUCAGUUGUGUAUUGUGUGGUAAAAGAUUCUCUGACAAAAGUAAUAUGCAAGCACACAUGAGAAUACACACAAAAACAAAAACUUUUGGAAAUCCUCUUUGAAUGGACUUCUGAUGAUGUUUGUGAUGAAGGUGGUUGAUCGAUCUGUUAACGACCGCUUUUGUGACCAACUUUUCCUUUUGGUCGCUGAAAGGUGAAAGUGGAUUCUUGAAGCUUGUAUGACAACCUGGCUCUACAAAGACGCUGGGAUUUAGACUGUUUUGUGUAUUAGAAACGCUGGCUCCUUGGUAAUUAUGUAGAUAGAUCGUACUUUAUUGAUUCCUUCAGGAGAGUUCCCUCAGGAAAAUUUAAAUUCCAGCAGCAGUGUACACAAUGGAGAUAUAAUUUCAAAAGUAAAUGAUAAAUAAUGGGGGUAUAUGUUAUUGUUUUGCAUCGCCUGUCAUCCUAGUACCCCCUUCCCCCCCAGAGAGGAGUUGUACAGUCUGAUGGCGUGUGGGACAAAGGAGUUUUUUAGUCUAUUAGCCCUGCACUUGGGAUGAAGCAGUCUUGCACUGAACAGGCUCCUCUGGCUACUGAUAACGGUAUACAGAGGGUGACUGGCAUCAUCCAUGAUGCUCACUAGUUUUUCCACAAUCAUGUGGCAGUAAAGAUAAUGUGGCGUAUAACUGAGUGUAUAAUAAAGUGGUCAAACAAAGUUACA